GGCCCCGCCCCCGGAGUAAGGAGCCGGGGCGGACUCUGGGACGCUCAGACGCCGCGCGGGGCGGGGAUUGGUCCGUGCUCCUCUCUCGGCUCCUCGCGGCUCGCGGCGGCCGGCGGUUCCUGGGACACCUGCUUGCUUGGCCCGUCCGGCGGUUCAGGGCUUCUCUCCUGCGCCCCCCGGUUCGCUGGACGGGAAGAAGGGCUGGGCCGUCCCCAACGGAACCCCAAGUCGCGCCGCUGACCCCGUCGCAGGGCGAGAUGAGCGCGGACGCGGCGGUCGGGGCGCCCCUGCCCCGGCUCUGCUGCCUGGAGAAGGGUCCCAACGGCUACGGCUUCCACCUGCACGGGGAGAAGGGCAAGUUGGGCCAGUACAUCCGGCUGGUGGAGCCCGGCUCGCCGGCCGAGAAGGCGGGGCUGCUGGCGGGGGACCGGCUGGUGGAGGUGAACGGCGAAAACGUGGAGAAGGAGACCCACCAGCAGGUGGUGAGCCGCAUCCGCGCCGCCCUCAACGCCGUGCGCCUGCUGGUGGUCGACCCCGAGGCGGACGAGCAGCUGCAGAAGCUCGGCGUCCAGGUCCGAGAGGAGCUGCUGCGCGCCCAGGAAGCGCCGGGACAGGCCGAGCCGCCGGCCGCCGUCGAGGCGCAGGGGGCUGGCAACGAAAAUGAGCCUCGCGAGGCCGACAAGAGCCACCCGGAGCAGCGCGAGCUUCGGCCUCGGCUCUGUACCAUGAAGAAGGGCCCCAGUGGCUACGGCUUCAACCUGCACAGCGACAAGUCCAAGCCAGGUCAGUUCAUCCGGUCAGUGGACCCAGACUCCCCGGCUGAGGCUUCAGGGCUCCGGGCCCAGGAUCGCAUUGUGGAGGUGAACGGGGUCUGCAUGGAGGGGAAGCAGCAUGGGGACGUGGUGUCUGCCAUCAGGGCUGGUGGGGACGAGACCAAGCUGCUGGUGGUGGACAGGGAAACCGACGAGUUCUUCAAGAAAUGCAGAGUGACCCCAUCUCAGGAGCACCUGAAUGGUCCCCUGCCUGUGCCCUUCACCAAUGGGGAGAUACAGAAGGAGAACAGUCGUGAAGCCCUGGCAGAGGUAGCCUUGGAGAGCCCCAGGCCAGCCCUGGUGAGAUCCGCCUCCAGUGACACCAGCGAGGAGCUGAAUUCCCAAGACAGCCCUCCAAAACAGGACUCCACAGCGCCCUCAUCUACCUCCUCCUCUGACCCCAUCCUGGACUUCACCAUCUCCCUGGCCAUGGCCAAAGAGAGGGCCCACCAGAAGCGCAGCAGCAAACGGGCCCCGCAGAUGGACUGGAGCAAGAAAAAUGAACUCUUCAGCAACCUCUGAGCGCCCUGCUGCCACCCAGUGACUGGCAGGGCUGAGCCAGCAUUCCACCCCACCUUUUUCCUUCUCCCCAAUUACUCCCCUGAAUCAACGUACAAAUCAGCACCCACAUCCCCUUUCUUGACAAAUGAUUUUUCUAGAGAGCUAUGUUCUUCCCGUACCUUAGGGAAGGUGAAUGUGUUCCCGUCCUCCCGCAAUCAGAAAGGAGAUUCUGCCUCCCUCCUCCUCACUGAGUGCCUCAUCCUACCGGGUGUCCCUUUGCCACCCUGCCUGGGACAUCACUGGAACCUGCAUCACGCCAGGAUCGUGGGACCAGGCGAGAGGGCACCCUCCCUUCCUCCCCCAUGUGAUAACUGGGUCCAGGGCUGAUCAAAGAACUCUGACUGCAGAACUGCCGCUCUCAGUGGACAGGGCAUCCGUUAUCCCGAGAGGUGUGGCAGGCACAUCUUGUUUUCAUUUGAUUUUUGUUGUUAAGAGUGCAGUAUUGCAGAGUCUAGAGGAAUUUUUGUUUCCUUGAUUAACAUGAUUUUCCUGGUUGUUGCAUCCAGGGCAUGGCAGCGGCCUCAGCCUUAAACUUUCGUUCCCACUCCCACCCUCAGCGAACUGGGCAGCACGGGGAGGGUUUGGCUACCCCUGCCCAUCCCUGAGCCAGGUACCACCAUUGUAAGGAAACACUUAGAGAAAUUCAGCUGGUUCCUCCAAA